AUGGGAGGAUGGGUUAAUGGAGUGUGGCAAUGGGGAGAUUUUGGAAUCUCCGGUUCCAUUGAGGGGAAUAACGGUUUUGAUACGAAUAUCUUGUCUUUGAGGGGGUGUUUGGCGGAGUUUGAUGGUUGGAAGGAAGGAAAAGAUGAAGUUGUGUGGAGGGGAAAUCCGGAAAAGGUUUUUUCGGUAGCUUCUUUUUAUGCUUUUUAUGAGAAUUUACGCAUUCCGUUUGGUCCUUCAAAUAGACAUGAGGAAGCUUUUGGUAUUUUGUGGAAGAUGGAAGUUCCGUUUAAGAUAAAGGCUUUUGGGUGGAGAUUACUUCAUAAUAGGCUACCUAUGAAAGAUCUUUUGGAGAGGAGAGGUAUGUCUUUUCCUUUGAAUGAAUUAAAAUGUACAUUUUGUGAGUAUGGUGUGGAAAGUAGAAAUCACUAUUUUUUUGAUUGUUGGGUGGUAAAGUAUAUUUGGAGAGAGAUAGCUUCUUGGGUGGGUAAAGAAGAUAAUGUAGAGGAGGAGUGUUUGUCGUCUUUUAUGGAAUGGCACUCUUAUUUUUAUAGGAAGAAAGCGCAUGGUAGGAAAUUGAAUGUGGUUUGGAUGGCUAUAACUUGGAUUUUGUGGUCGGUUAGGAACGGUUGGUGCUUUCGUAAGGAGCCUUGGAAUGUGAAUAAUAUUGUUUGGAACAUUAAGAUAUUGGUUUGGAAGUGGUCGUUUUGUGGGAAAAUUACUUAUCCCUAUUACUCUUUUUACGAGUUUUGUAUGGAUCCUAUAUACUUCCUCUCGUAA